AUGUUGGUUGGGUUGAGAAAGUCGAGAGUUGAGUUAAGUUUGGAUGAUCAGAGAGCCUUGCUUGCUACUCUCCACAUAAGACCAGUGUUGCUUGAACGAAAUAUCGAAGCUCAAAUGCAAGAUCCGUUAAUUUUCACAUUAAGGUUGGAAGUUGAGAAUGGUAUGAUAACAGAUUAUUCAGUUUGGAAGGAUGGAGCCUUGAUGGUAGGAACAAGAUUGUAUGUACCUAGGGAUAAAGCAUUAAAGAGAGAAAUUCUUGACAAGGCCCACUGUUCAGCCUUCGCCAUGCAUUCUGGUAGCACAAAGAUGUAUUGCACCCUGAGAGAGCAUUACUGGUGGCCCUUCAUGAAGAAGGAAAUAGCAGAAUAUGUCAAUAAGUGUUUGAUUUGUCAGCAAGUCAAGGUACAACGGUAG